UAUGUGUAAAACUCGUGUCGAAUCUGACGUUGCGAAAAGUAAUUUCUGUUUACAUUGCAGUGACCGAUACCAUGGCAGCCACAAAAGCCUCCAAAGAACAGAAAUACGACAGGCAGCUCAGAUUAUGGGGUGACCAUGGUCAAGAAGCUCUAGAGAAUGCCCACGUUUGUCUGAUCAAUGCUACAGCAACUGGGACAGAGAUACUCAAAAACCUUGUGCUUCCUGGUAUUGGAGCUUUCACCAUAGUUGAUGGAAACACAGUUUCUGGGGAAGAUGUAGGAAACAAUUUUUUCCUAAGCAACAACAGCAUUGGAAAGAAUAGAGCACAGGCUGCCACAGAGCUACUCCAAGAACUGAACAAUGAUGUGUCGGGUAACUUUGUUGAGGAGAGUCCUGACAUGCUCCUUGAUAACAAUCCAGAGUUCUUCCAUAGAUUUACCAUUGUUAUCGGUGUACAGUUGCCUGAAAGCACAUGUUUAAGGCUAGGUUCAGUUCUGUGGAGUGCAUCGGUACCUUUCUUGCUUUGUAAAACGUAUGGCCUUACUGGCUACAUGAGGCUUGUGGUGCAGGAGCACACAGUGAUUGAGUCACACCCCGACAACGCUUUGGAGGACCUGAGGUUAGACCAGCCCUUUGCUGAAUUCCAGAAGCACAUUCAGUCCUAUGACCUUGACAGCAUGGACAAAAAGGAUCACAGUCACACACCUUGGAUAGUCAUUGUUGCUAAAUACCUUGAAAAAUGGCUCAGUGAGAAUGACUCUCAGCCCCCCAGAAAUCACAAAGAGAAAGAGGCCUUCAGACAAAUUCUUCGGGAAGGAACCCUGAAGAAUGAGAAUGGUGUCCCAGAGGAUGAGGAAAACUUUGAGGAAGCCAUUAAGAAUGUCAAUACUGCUUUAAAUCCUACCAAGAUCCCCAGUGUUGUGAAAGACCUAUUCAAUAAUGAUCAGUGUAACAACAUAACAUCACAGACUACAUCCUUCUGGGUGAUGCUGCGAGCUGUGAGGGAGUUUGUACACAAUGAAGGCCAAGGCAGCUUACCUGUGCGGGGGACCAUACCAGACAUGAUUGCAGACUCACAGAAGUUUAUCAAUCUUCAGAAUGUUUACAGGGAAAAGGCCCUGCAGGAUGCAGAAACUGUUGCCGGAUAUGUUGAGAGUCUGAUGCAGUCUGUUGGAAAGGCACCUGAAAGCAUAACUGACAAAGACAUCAGACUCUUCUGCAAAAAUGCGUCCUUCCUUCGGGUGGUGCACUGCAGAUCUCUAGCAGCAGAGUACAGUGUGGAUUCAGUUAACAGAGAUGAAAUAACCUCAUGCAUGGACAAUCCUGAUAGUGAGAUGGUAUUCUACCUGAUGCUUCGAGCUGUCGAUCGCUUCUACCAGCAGCACUCCCGCUACCCUGGGGUGUAUAACUACCAAGUAGAAGAAGACAUCAGCAAGCUGAAACUGUGCGUCACCAGCCUGCUGCAGGAGUACAACCUCAAUGUUAACAUUAAGGAUGAUUAUGUGCAUGAGUUCUGUCGGUAUGGCGCAGCAGAGCCACAUACAGUUGCUGCAUUUAUGGGAGGCUCAGCUGCGCAAGAAGCCAUAAAGAUCAUCAGCCACCAGUUUGUGCCCUUCAACAACACUUUCAUCUAUAAUGCCAUGUCACAGACCUCUGCUACUUUACAGCUGUGAGGUACUCAUUCUGAACUCAUUUACAGACGAAGCGAGGUAGCAUUUAUUAACAGAUUCAAUUGAAAUUGUCAACUGUACAUAAGUGCUUUUUUAAAUGCUUUUUGGGAUUCUUCUACUGUUUAACAUGUGCACUUAAAUGUCAAACCAAACAAGUAGACAACAUUAACUGGACGUAAUCAUGUAAAACUCACUGAGAGAGACAUCAACUUUGGUUAUUUAACAAUACAGUCGUUCCUCACUACUCAUGGUUUGAGCAUCACUUUCUAACUCUUAUCGAGGUUUUUCAAACAAUUAAAUGGUCACUGUUUUGUGGUUGACUAUGGCGUAUUAUUAGUAAAAGAAAAAAAAUGCAGAUUUAAGCAAAUUGUAAACAUUUUUUCCGGAAUUGAGCCCAUUUUCAAGCAUAAAAAUGGCUAAAUGCACGAAAAUACAAAUACAGUAUAAGCCAUUAACAACCGGCUUUUAUUGCAGGUUUAAGUAAUCUCACAAUAGGCACAAUAAUACUAACAUUAUAAUAAUCAAAAUCCUAAUAAUAAUAAUAACAAGGCUUACUGUUGCGACAAUAGCCCACAACAACCUAAAACUCAACUCUGAACCACCGACAUCACUUCCUGUCCGCCAUCGAUUCUGCUCCCCCUACAAGGUAAAUUAAAUGGCUUAUUUUCUCUGAUUUUAUAUAUAUACUAUGUUGGGUAAUAUGAAUGUAAAGAUAACUACUGUAUGUGGGUGCUAUUUCAUGUCUCCAUGGCUGUAAUGUAAAAAAAAAAAAAACAUUUAGAAGAUUGUAAACAGGUUUUCCAUGCCAUAACUACGAAAA